GUUUUCGAACCCAUUUCUCUAAUCCCCUGGAAAAACCUUUGCUACUUCGCCUAAAACCCUUCCUCCUCCCACUACGGUACUUCUCCCUCCAAUGGCGCUCAACGCCAAUCGUAUUCGGCGAACACUUUCUCUCUCCUCCACCUUCCUCGCCACCCAUAGAAACCUCCAUACCAUCUCCUCGGCAACUGCCACCACCGAUUCUCUCCUCCAAAACCUCUUCUGCUCUAAAACCCCUUCUUUCUCCCCUUUCCUCCGACGUUUCUUUCACUCCACCCAUAUCUCUCUCUCCUCCUCGAGAUCAUUCAAUGAUACCGAACAGAUCGAUCCUGAUACGAUUCUCUUCGAGGGUUGCGAUUACAAACACUGGCUUAUUACCAUGGACUUUGGAAAGGAUCCUAAAAGUUACCCUCCUCCUGAACAAAUGGUUGAAACCUAUGUUCAGACUUUAGCCAAAGUCGUCGGAAGUGUUGAAGAGGCAAAGAAGAGAAUGUAUGCAUGUAGCACCACUACUUACACUGGUUUCCAAGCUGAGGUGGAUGAAGAAACAUCACAGAAGUUUGAAGGUAUGCCUGGAGUUGUAUUCGUGUUGCCAGAUUCGUACAUAGAUCCAGUGAACAAGGAAUAUGGAGGAGAUAAGUAUAUUAAUGGAACUAUCAUACCAAGACCACCUCCAGUCCAGUAUGGCAGAGAAAGACGAAAUUCUCAAAGGCCAAUGCCUAAUUCAAUGCCAGGAGAACGGAGAGCCAAUAUGCCACAAAGAGGUUUUCCAGAGCGGCAAAAUACUUCUUUUAACUAUGGUCCAACUGGUCAGGGAGGGAGGACGAACCCUAUGCCAAAUAGGACAAAUUAUUCUGAGCAAGGAAGGGAUGGAUAUCAGGGUGGUGGAAACACUUAUGUGCCUCCUCAACAGGGUGGUGGAGAUACUUAUUUGCCUCCUCAGCAGGGGAACUUCAACCUUGGUUACUCCCAUCAGCAUCAGAUGGAAAAUUUCCCCGGUUACCGUGGAAAUAAUCAUCCAGGAGAACAUGGAUAUAAUGAUCCCCAGGGACAGAUGAGUAAUUUCCCUAGGAACCAUGGAGACUACGCACCCCAAGGACAUGUAGACUAUCCUAGUGAUGGUAGAAACUAUGCUCCUCCCCCUCCAGCAAGAGGAGCUGAUGGGCAAACUGGGGUUGGACAAUAUGGCCAGGGAUCCAGUGGGACAUUUGCACAGAUACCAGAUGAACAGAACUAUUCACCUGCAAUUGAAACUGGAAUGAAUCAAAGAAGAUUUUGACAAGAUAUUGCAGACUGCAGCAGCCUAUGAAUUUUUGAAAAGUUGAGUGUCUGCAUCAGUGACUAGAGGUCAGGGCGAGGGUGGAGGCAGUAGGCUUACUAGGCUUUAUGAAGAUUGGAUCUGACAAACAGGUUUUGAUUUUGAGUUUACUGGUUUUGUGAGCUAUUGUUCAAAGUUUAGAAGUUGUAAACUUUGGAAAAGGUUUUAUCCAAACUUGUACUCCGUAUAUGUGAUAGUUCUGUGCGUCAAUUAUAUUGCCAACAAAAAGUCUCUUCGUUUCUCUUAUCAGGCUGUGGUUACCUGAAUCUGGAGAUGAUGUAUUACCGCAUUGCCGUGUAAUCUAUUUAUUCAAUGUUUUUUAGAGCAUGCAAGUGACGUAUUAUUCAA